CUGCGGAUUGCCGUGCGCUCUCAUUUUGAAAUUCGCCGGAUCCAACCACUCCCCCCACUUCGCCAUUCCGGAAGAGGCCCCAUCAGCUGUCCCUCGGUCACCGGAGAUUUAAAUUCCUCAUAAUAAUCCACAACAGGAGGGCAUUGUAGUAUAUAAUGUCCUCUAACAAUAUGGCAGACCCGAGGAGACAAAAUAAGAUUUUAAGAUACAAGCCCCCCAGCACAGAGACCAACCCCACGCUGGAAGACCCCACGCCUGACUACAUGAACCUGCUCGGCAUGAUCUUCAGCAUGUGUGGACUGAUGCUCAAGUUGAAGUGGUGUGCCUGGAUUGCAGUCUACUGCUCUUUCAUCAGCUUUGCAAACUCCAGAAGCUCAGAGGACACCAAACAGAUGAUGAGCAGCUUCAUGCUGUCCAUCUCAGCAGUUGUGAUGUCCUACCUCCAGAACCCGCAGCCAAUGUCGCCGCCAUGGUAACCAAGAGCCGACCGCAGAAGAGCAAAUGAAUUCUGGAUGCCGGAGUGGGUUGACGAAGGCAGCUGAUUUGCCCCCCCCCCCCGGCGAGGAAAAACAGUGACUGCAAGGAAGAUAAUUUGAUAGAGAGAGAAGAGAGAGAAAACAGAUGGCCGGGAGAGGUGGACAAUAAGGACACUACGUCAGGAUGGAGCGAUCAAAUGGUUUCCGACUGUGUUCUCCUGUUUUUCUCUUUUUAACCUUUUCUAAGUCUUUUGGUUGUUGAUGAAAACUUUGAAAUUUUCCUGUUUGGCAGAUCUGUUGCAGGAUGUCGUAAAAUAAAGUUGUACAGUCUUUAAAAGGAA